AUGGCCCGCUCGGACGGCCUCCUCCGGGCGGCUACCGGAUCGGGUAGGCGCGGCGCGGUUUGCUCGGUCGCGCGCGGGGCGCGCGGACGCGGGCUAAGUCGAGCGGUGGGGAGCGCGGUCACCCGGCCGGCUCGGAAGACUGGCCAGAGCGGAGGGGAGGGACAGAGGAGAGGGAUGGAGCUGACAGGUGGGGCUGCUGCGGCAGUGAGGUCCAAUCGACGACCCGCGGAUCCUACCAGAGCGGAGGGAGAGACAGCAGGGAGCACUACUCCAGCACUCCGCCCCCAUGCGGCUCGCCGGCGCUACUCCAGCACCCGACGCUGGAGUCGAGCCAGCUGCGCCCCGCAGUUCUCGUCCGGCCGUGCGGCACGGAUAAGCAUGAGCCUCCGCGUGGGCAUCGUCGGGCUGCCCAACAUUGGCAAGUCCACCCUCUUCAACGCUAUUGUUGUUUCGUGCCAAACUACUGAUGAUGUGCAGAGGUUCGUGAGGCAGAUUGUGCCGCAGCACUUCUCUGGAAAAUCCCAUGGGCAAACACCAGAGUACAUGAUGUUUGGAGCGACCUGGGAAAAGACUUAG